UAUACCUUCGUGGUGGUGCUGACCCCAAUGGGUGCGCGUGCUGGCAGUGCCUCGAAUCGGGACUUGUACAUUGCUGUGCUCGCAGCCGUUGGAACUGUUCUCUCGUUUGGUUUCUUGGUCCCACUUAUCAAUACCUUCCGAAGACCCAGUUUUGUCAUACUCGCUUUAAUCGGAGUUACUGCUCUCUCCAUGUUCUUGGCGAGCAGCACACCGCUCGGAUUCCCGUACCGACCCAAGACCAAUGGACAACGGGUUUCCUAUCUGCAAGUGCGAAACAUCUUUUACGAUUAUGACGGUACUCUCAGCAAGGACGAGUCUGGAUAUCUGUUUAGUUUUCAGGAUAGGCGUGAGGAAACACCAUUCAACACAAAAGUGAAUCUAACCGGAUUGGUCAGCCUGAAAGAGAGCUGCGAGAAGCACAUGCUCUGUGGCAUGCCAUUAUAUGAGCAUCGUUACGUGGCAAAUCGGUUCCAAAGCAAAUGGUUGCCUCGACAGGAGCCAGUUGUACCACCAGAGCUAACCACAUUGACUUUGGAAAACAGAACAAUUGUAAACGCAACAACUAUCCGCUUUGAGUUCAAAUUGGAGGGGCCGACGUUCAUGAAUUUGUUUAUCCAACCCGAAGAGGAUGUGACCUUAUUUGACUGGGCGUUUGGGAGCAGUAGUGAUAUAGAGCCAACCAGGGACUUGCCAUAUAUUAUCUAUAUUGCGAUGGGCGUCGAUAGAUCUCCUUUGUUUUUCUACUUGGAAUUCUCGAAACAAAACGGCAGUUUCAAUGUACCCAUAUUCCAAUUGGGGGUCGCUGCACACUCCAUUCAAAAUGAAGGCGAUGCUGAAAGCAAGAAGUUUGCUGCCUCAUUUCCCCCAUACUCCAUUUUGGCGCAAUGGCCAGCAUUGUAUCUAAGAUACAUUUUUUAAAAAUAAUA